AUGGUCAUAGUACUAACAAUUACAAGAACAAAAUUAGAGCUGAGAAUAAUUCUAGAAACUUCAACAGCUUGUCUUGCACCUACUAUGGAACAUCGCAAGAAGAAUCGAAAAGGAAAAUUGUAUCUCGACAUCACCGAGCUAGAUGGAGGAACAGUUACUUUUGGUGACAAAUCCAAAGGAAAUGCUAUUGGUGUUGGAAAGGUUCCUUUAAGCUCUGCAUAUGAUGUGGAUGAAGUUUACUUAGUGGAUGAACUCAGGUACAACUUUCUCAGCAUCAGUCAACUAUGUGACAAUGAUUAUGAGGUUCGUUUUAAGAAACAUGGUUGGUUCAUAGAAGACGAAUCAGAUGAUUUCUAUAGAUUUACAUGGGUCAUAUUUCUUAGUCAUAAAGAUGAUCCCUUAAAGAAUUUUAAAGUCUUUUGUAAGAAGGUUCAACGUGAGAAGGGUUACUACAUCUCUUCAAUCAGGAGUGAUCAUGGAGAAGAGUUUGAAGGCAGGGCAUUUGAAAAUUUCUGCAAUGAUCAAGGAAUCUCCCACAAUUUCUCUUCACAUAGAUCUCCUCAGUAG